UCUUUCCUUGUAGUGGAUCAAUAACUGCAUAGGAAGAAAAAAUUACAAAAGGUUCUUCAUCCUCAUGGUGUUUGCUCUUCUCUUGCUUAUUCUGCAGUGGGCUGUUGGGAUGCUUGUGCUGAUACUGUGUUUUGUUGAGAGAAGGAGAUUUUCUGCUGAAAUUGUUUCAAAGCUGGGUAGUAGCUUUUCCUUGGCACCCUUUAUCAUUGUGGUGGCUGUGUGCACUUUAUUAGCCAUGGUUGCUACUCUUCCAGUUGCACAACUUUUCUUCUUCCAUAUUCUUUUAAUAAAAAAGGGAAUCAGCACCUAUGAUUACAUUAUUGCUUUGAGGGAGCAAGAUCAGGAGCAGGAGCAACUUGCUGUUGGUGGGCAGCAAAGUCCGCAAAUGUCCCAAGUGAGCUCUUUUACUGGACUAAGCAGCACCAAAUUGCAAAAGCUCGAUUUGAAUCAAAGAAUGGAACUUGGCAGCGAAGAGGAUUGA